UCAAAGGCACGCUCAGCUACUCGGUCACACGGUCCUGCGCUCCGUAGUGCGCGCUUGGUCUCCACGGACGCUCCGCUGUCUGGAUAUCGCAGCCCGUUGUUCCUUUAUUAUUACUGGAUUAUAUUCAUUUUACGGGUUUUAACUCCAACUCGAUGUAUAGAAAUGGGUAAACUGCACUCGAAGCAUGCCGCUAUUUGUAAACCGAGGGAGAGCCCAGAAGGCGACAGUUUUGUCGUGAAUGCCUGCUUGGCGAAAAAGGGAGUGGACGACUGGCUCGUGAAGCAGAAAUACUACUGCACGGGCUCUCGCCUCGAGCCACAGGACUGUCACCAUAAGGGCAACUGCGGGCUGACGGCACGGGACUCAUUGGCUGAAGCAUGUGGUGAAGGGAUCAUUGAUGGACGCUAUCGUUUAGAAGUGGCUCUACCCCCGGAGAAGACAGACAGCUGCUGCGUGGAGGAGAAGAUGCAGGAGCGGGACAGCCGGUCUCCCGCAGGGCCACAGAAGCAGCUCCAGUUUGAAGAAGUGGAGUGUGCCGUGUCUUUGGAGGAGGAUAACAGACAGGAGUGGACCUUUACCCUCUAUGAUUUUGACAACAACGGCAAAGUUACUCGAGAGGACAUCACCAGCCUGCUCCACACCAUUUAUGAGGUCGUGGAUGCCUCCGUCAACCACUCCCCCGGCAACAGCAAGACGUUACGAGUCAAGCUCUCCGUCGCUCCAGACUCAAGCCAGCGGUGGAGGAGCUGCGCUCAGGGAGCGACAGACACGUCCUACUCCAGAGAGAAAAAUGACAAGUUCAUUGAAGACCCCAAGAGUACAGACAAGAAGUCUCGGGCGCUCCUCAGGCGCCACCACAGUGACCACCACACCCAAUCUGGCUGCCAGCGCCACUGUGUGGAUGAGAACCUGGAGCGCAGGAACCACUACUUGGACCUGGCAGGCAUCGAAAACUACACGUCCCGUUUUGGAACCGCUCCUGCUGCAGAAGCAGUAAAGGUAGAGACGCAGACUCGCUCAUCCAACCAGGCCCGUUCUCGCUCACAUGAACCAGAAAACGGACAUGCCCACUCGCACCACCGCCGGCUGCAGACGGUUGUGGACACCGCUGCUGCAGAGGGCCUUCACCCCGCCCGGCCCAGAGCCCAGGACUCCGGUCGGCACGCAAUCCGCUCUCCGAAGACUCAUAGUCGCACCCCCCCUGCGCAGAACAGCGGCAGGGUGAUCAGGAGUCGAGGCGCCCCACCUCCCCCUGCUCUGCCCACCCAGACGCCCCCCCAUCAGUCCGCGGCCCCCUACCGCAAACACAAACAGCGAUCCAAGGAGAGCCAAGGCUACCGGGCCUUGGGCUCUCUUGGCUCUCCGGGACCUGUAGUGGAAAAAGAGCAGGUCAGGGACCUGCCAAGUGUGGUGCUCUAUGAGGGUGGGCUGGCACAAGUGGUGCAGCGGCAUGAACAUCACCAUCACCAUGAACACCAUCACCACUACCACCACUUUUACCAGUCCUGAAGCUCUGACUUGCCUGGGACGGCUCAGCGCCCCUGCAUGGACGCAAAGAACCAAUCCGGCCAGCAGACACUGACUGCAGCGAGCUGCACCUGGCAGCACAGGCACAGGACAUGAGGGCGGGGGCCGUUGUGUGCCAGUGCUGGAAUGUUAAGUAACCAGCGCUAUGAAAAUGUUGGUCAGACACACAGAAGCUUUUGGUAUGCAGUAGGACAGCGAGUCAGAGCUCAUGCUGAGCACUCAGAGUGGAAAUCACGCCAAGACUCAGGAGGCUACACGGAGGUGCCCGGCUCAGAUGUUUCCAGCUUCUACCCACUGAACUGUACACCUUUAGACCAGCAUCCCAACACUCCCCAGACCACUACGUCAAAAGGAAGAGGGCGGACAAGACGAGGCCAUGUCUGAAAUACAAAAAUCUAUGAAGGAUUAUGGCUGACAGGCAAGUUGUGAAAAACGUGCGUCCAAAACCGAACGACUGUGCGCGCACAUCUGAGUGUCACGACACUGGUGUCUGUUGGAAAACCACUUGAAGUGCGCUCAGAAUUUAAAGCAAGCUCUUAACCAUGCAACACACUGUAGGCAUAAAGGGGAAGGAAAACUCUCAAACGGUCCUACCUCUUUUUUUUUUUCCGUCUGAAUCGUUGUUCUGAUGGAAAUGUUAAGCAAGCAUUCGUUUUCAAAAUCACUUUUAAACUUUGUUGAACAAAGAUUAAACCUGUCAAAAUCUGCAGCUCUGAAGACUAGAAAUUCUUCUCUCAUUUAUCAACCAAUAUUUGCUGUACAUAAAGUAUUUAUACUGUCA